CAGGGCGGGAAACAAGAUUUGAUAGAUACGUUUUGUGGUCGUGGGGCGAAAUCAUUAUCGCGGUGAUCAGGUUCUCGUAGCUCGUGUCGUCACAAAUCAGCAAAGCACGCUCCCAUCUUCGACCUUUUUUAGCGAAUGAGAGUGAAGUACAACCUAUCUUCGAGCUGCCGUCUGUCUGCGCUACAAGUAAGAGAAAAUCAAAAUUUUAAUUUUCAUAUUGAGCGAAUCAUCGUGAGAGUCAGGGUCGUGCGAGCGAGUCGUUUUUUCCUUGGAUGGGAAAUAGAAUAAAUCGAAAUUGUCCGACAAGAAGCUACUUACUUUCGUGCAACUUUUUUCUUGAUCGUGCAAUACCUCUCCAGUUCGUCACUCGUAACAGCGCCGCACCGUGUCGUCACUACCAGCAUGAUCUCGAAGAUAUAUGAAUUUUUUUAUCCCGGUCAGCAUGACACAAAAUUCAAAUAACCUGAGAACAGGGCCCAGUGAAAAAGAUGUGAAUAGCACGAGGAUUAAGUGAAUGUUUGUUUUCAGCAUCCCCCCCGCGUAGCUGUACUAGUAUCAGCGAAAUGUUCUCCUGGGCGAGAACCACAACUAGUACUACUGGCUUCGGUAGUUCUCAUCAUCACUAGUUGUAAACUACAGAGCCUAAUAAGAUAAAUAAAAUCGUCCACUAGGAAAAAUGGACGGAGAUCAACAUCUUGAGGUCCCGGCGACCCAGAAGCAUGUCUCCCCGGAGAUCAUCGUCGGGGUGGCGAAGAUGCUCGGCAUCGACGCCGUCAACGAACCUGAAUACCUCUGGAUCGCAGAGCAGUGUGCGAAGGCGGAUUUGCCUUCGAAAGAUUGGCGGGAGCUGACCAACGAAAAUGGGGAAACCAUGUACUACCAUGUGCGCACGAAAAGGCUGCAGAAACUACACCCUUUGCUGGAACAGUACGCCGGGCUGUACCACAAGCAGGCGAGCUUUGUGAAGAUGAGCGGCACGACACAGCAGACGGAUCUGGACUCCAACAGCACCCGGCUGAGCGGCAUCAUCACGGAGAUUUUGAACCGCGUCACGAGCCACCUGCCGCCCAUGACCCCGGAAAUGGUCGACAAGGUGGCACUGCUGCUCGAGUGUGACACCAAGGCGGAGUACUUUCUCGCACGGGUGAUCAAGCAGACCAUCGAGGCGUACGUGGAAAAGCAGUUCAACUUGGGGACCAUUCUGCAGGAUUUGGAGAAACCGCUGGAGUUUUUGCGGAAAAUGCGGAAACAGCAGGUGAAAGUGGACGUCAUCCGAAAACCGGACACGGUCGUCAUGUGCCAAGAGUGCGAGGAAAAAUCCGCCGUCGUCAAGUGCCAACAGUGCAAGGACUUUUUCUGUCAAGACUGCUUCAACGCGACCCACGCGACGGGGAAACGGCGCGGGCACAUCAUUCAGGACGUGGAGCAGCUGGUCUGUGCGGCCUGCGACCACCUGAUUGCCUCCUGUCAGUGUAUCCAGUGUGGUUUGUUUUACUGCGACCAGUGCUUCGUGUCCACGCACGCAUCGCGCCCGGAGCUGCACAACCACUUGAAACGGAUCAUCAACGGGUUGGUCUGCCUCGAGUGCGAGCACUACAACGCGAGUGUGCUCUGCGAAGACUGCGUGGACCUGUUCUGCACCGAGUGCUUCAUCAAACUGCACCGGAAAGGGAAAAGGCGGCAGCACGUGCACUUAUGAAUUGCAAAAGUUAAUCGUACUAGUAGAAAUCGCAUGACAGAUAAUUCCCUCAGCAUGAGAAACGAAAUUUGUCAUGCGGAUUUGCCCUAAGAAAAAGAUUUGUAAUGUAUGGCCGCAAUUAGAAUUAGUAAUACUACGAGUGCGAUGCUUUUGUAUUUGAUAGCACUUGACGAUCGACAACACGGGACAGGUGUUCCGGGGGGGUUUUCUUGUCCCCCCAGAGGAGGCGCAAGUGCUCACGGACCGGGCACGCAGCACCGCCGAGUCCGGGCCCUGGGUGGUAUGAGAGUGCAGCACAACUCCCCCUCGUUCUCAUUUUUCAUGCAAAACACCAACUCCAGAUUGAGAUUGUCCCUCCUGUCACUAUUAUGCAUGACAAGAUCAUCUGGUAGGCCAAAUAGCACUACAUUCCAGUCGUGUAAAUCUGUCAUGCAGAACCGGCAUUCUUGCUGAUGCUUGUAUUGCUGUUCAUGCUAUACAAAUGAGGGGGAGGCGGGGGAGUUGUGCACUGUCAUAGGUGGCGUUUAAGGACGACAAUUUGAACAUAUCAAAUGUAGAAAUGUCUGGGUCUGCUGGAAGGAUACAACUUGUGAUGCUAUUUUUGGAAUCUACAUAAAAUCUGUGUUGCAUGAACAGCAAUAAAAGAGAUGUAAUUUGUGCUACGCGGAGAGGGCAUUUCUCAUGCGGUAUGAGCAUCAGAAAGCCCUCGCAAAAUCUCUGAUGCUAGGGCAUGCAUCACAGACCUGAUGGGCCAUGCAAAAUCUGCAUGACAAACUCCUGCAUUCUUCCAGACCCAGACAUUUUUGCAAUCCAUAGAACACCUACUGGUACAAUUUUACGUCGAAAACGCGCGUGAUGAACAACCCCUACGACAAAGAUUAUCAAUUGCAAAUAUGUCUGGGUCUGGAAGAGUGCAAGUUUGUCAUGCUUGUCUGGCAUGACUCGAGAAUCUGUGUUGCAUAG